AUGGCCAGGACAAAUAAUGUGACUGAAUUGAUUCUCACUGGCCUUUUCCAGGACCCAGAUGUGCAGAGAGUAUGUUUUCUGUUGUUUCUUCCUGUGUACCUGGCCACGGUAGUGGGCAAUGGCCUCAUUGUUGUAUUGGUCAGCAUCAGUAAGAGUCUGCGUUCCCCCAUGUACUUCUUUCUCGGCUUCCUGUCCUUGGUGGAGAUCAGCUACUCGUCAACGACUGUCCCUAAAUUCCUCAUUGACUUACUCGCCAAGAUCAAAACCGUCUCCCUGCAGGGCUGUCUGGCCCAGAUAUUCUUCUUCCACUUCUUCGGAGUUGCUGAGAUCCUUCUGCUUGUGGUGAUGGCCUAUGACCGCUACGUGGCCAUCUGCAAGCCUCUUCGUUACAUAAACAUCAUGAGCCGCCAACUGUGUCAUAUUCUGGUAGCUGGUUCCUGGCUGGGGGGCUUCAUUCACUCCAUAAUUCAGAUUCUUAUUACCAUUCAGUUGCCCUUCUGUGGUCCCAAUGUGAUUGACCACUACUUCUGUGACCUCCAGCCACUAUUCAAACUUGCCUGUGCCGACACCUUUGUGGAAGGGGUUAUUGUAUUGGCCAACAGUGGGUUAAUUGCUCUGUGCUCCUUCCUCAUCUUGGUGUCUUCCUAUGUUGUCAUCCUGUUCAACUUGAGGAAGCAUUCUGCAGAGGGCAGGCGCAAAGCCCUCUCCACCUGUGCCUCUCACAUCACCGUGGUCGUCCUGUUCUUUGGACCUGCCAUCUUCCUCUACAUGCGGCCCUCCUCCUCCUUCACUGAGGACAAACUGGUGGCUGUGUUCUACACGGUCAUCACCCCCAUGCUGAACCCCAUCAUCUACACACUCAGAAAUGCAGAGGUCAAAACUGCUGUGAGGAGGUUGUGUGGCAAAACGGAGCAUGCAGGGGUGGAGUGA